UUAAAUGUACAUUAUAAAAAGGUUCUGGAGAUGUCAUGGAAAUUCAGAAAUCCAAUAAGAUCAGGAUUAAAAACUUGCUUGCACGCAGAAGCAUAUACUUGUAUGUGUACAAACAAGGGAAACGUGCUCGCCCAUCCAUCAUUUCCAGCUCCACCAUCCCUCAUGUUCAAUCAGACUUCCCCAUCCCUCAUGUUCGAUCAGACUUCCCCAUCCCUCAUGCUUAAUUAGGAAUCAAAUUUCAUCAAUCAGUAGACCAUGGUCAGUGGCAUCCCUCUGUAACGACAGAGCAGCAAGGAGUAGCGUUGCCGAUGGCUUCGGCCGGGCUCCCAGAGGCAGUCGAACCGAAGAAGAAGAGCAACAUCAAGUAUGCCUCUACCUGCGCCGUCGUCGCCUCCAUGGCCUCCAUCGUCCUCGGCUACGACAUCGGUGUGAUGAGCGGGGCAUCGCUGUACAUCCAAAAAGACCUCCAGAUCACGGACGUGCAGGUGGAGAUCCUGAUGGGCAUCCUGAGCAUCUAUUCGAUCCUCGGCUCCUUCGCCGCCGGCAGGACGUCCGACUGGAUCGGCCGCCGCUUCACGGUGAUCUUUGUCGCCGCCUUCUUCUUUGCCGGUGCCUUGCUGAUGGGCUUCGCUAGCGGCUACGCCAUGCUCAUGCUCGGUCGCUUCGUGGCUGGCAUCGGCGUGGGCUACGCGAUCGUGAUCGCGCCCCUGUACACGGCUGAGAUCGCCCCGGCGUCGGCGCGCGGCUUCCUCGUGUCCUUCACGGAGGUCUUCAUCAACCUCGGUAUCCUCCUCGGCUACGUCUCUAACUACGCCUUCGCUCGCCUCCCGCUCCACCUUGGCUGGCGCUUCAUGCUCGGCAUUGGCGCGGUGCCAUCCGUCCUUCUUGCCCUCCUGCUGUCCGGCAUGCCGGAGUCUCCCCGAUGGCUCGUCAUGAAAGGACGCCUCGCGGACGCGAGGGUCGUGCUGGAGAAGAUUGCUGACACGCCGGAGGAGGCCAAGGAGCGCCUCGCUGACAUCAAGGCCGCCGCCGGCAUCCCAGACGACCUCGACGGCUACGUGGUCGUCGUGCCUAGGAAGAGAGGCGGCGAGGAGAAGCGGGUGUGGAGAGAGCUGAUCCUGUCGCCGACCCCUUCCAUGCGGCGAAUCCUGGUCGCGGCGCUCGGCAUCUUCUUGUUCCAGCAGCUGACGGGCUCCGACUCCGUGGUGCUCUACAGCCCGCGCGUGUUCGAGAGCGCCGGCAUCACCGGCGACGACCAGCUCCUGGCCGCCACCUGCGCCAUGGGCGUCGCCAAGACGCUCGUCAUCCUGGUCGCCAUGUUCCUCCUCGACCGCGUCGGCCGGCGGCCGCUGCUGCUGUGCAGCACCGGCGGCAUGAUCGUCUCGCUCGUUGGCCUCGCGACGGGCCUCACCGUCGUGGAGCAGAACCCGGACGCGAGGGUCCCGUGGGCGGUCGGGCUGUGUGUGGCGUCCGUCCUGGCCUACGUGUCAUCCUUCUCCGUCGGGCUCGGGCCCGUGUUGGGCGUGUACACGACGGAGAUCUUGCCGCUGCGGGUGCGCGCGCUGGGCUUCGCGGUCGGGGCGGCCGGCAACCGCGUUGUGAGUGGCGUCAUGUCCAUGACCUUCCUCUCGCUGGCCGGCGCCAUCACGCUCGGCGGCACCUUCUUCCUCUACGCCGGCGUCGCCGUGCUCGCGUGGGUGUUCUUCUUCACCUGCCUCCCAGAGACGCGCGGCCGGACGCUCGAGGAGAUGGGCAGCCUGUUCGGCAUGACCGACGCGGGCGCGGAGGCAGAAGAUGCUGCCCCCGCGACAGAGGACGCGAGCUGCAGGGCCAGACUCUUGGGCGCCUCGCCUAAUUCCAGAGUUGAUUAAUCUCAUGAAUAUUUGCGGCCGUGUCUUUUUCCCAUGCUGUAGCGGGAGCAAAAACGAAACGCGUCGCCAUUUGAAGCAACGCCGCCCCGGGUUGCAGCACGAGCCGCAGCGUCGCCGAUGUGGCCAUCGGUGUUCCAUCGCAGCAACCUAAGACGUCGAUGAUGUUUCACUACAUCACGUAGCCGUCGCGGCGAGUUCCACCGCAGCAACCGAAGAUGCCAACGAUGUUUUACGGCAGCGUGCAACCCGACGAGGUGAGUUCCAUCGCAGCAGCCGACGACCGCCGGCGAUGUUUCACUGCAGCGCGCAACCUAUGCGGCGAGUUCCAUCGCAGCACCCGGAUAGCCUCCGAUGAAGCUUCAUUGCAGCGCCACCAUCGCGCGGCGGUGCUUCGUCGCUGCACUAACCGCCUCGGCCAAAGCUGCAUCGCAGCACCCGGAGCUGGCAACGAAGCUUCCCUGCAGCGAGAGAGGAUGCAGUCGGUGGUGAUUUGGGGAAGAAGAAUGGGACGAGAGGAUAAGAUAGGUGCGGUGGUGGGAUAAUUAAGAAAUAAAGGAAAAGGGAGAACACACAAGUAGGCAGGACGCGUGUCGCACGCUGGACGCGGCUUACGAGAGACACAAAAUUAAUAGGUCGAUUUUAAACAAUUUCCAAUCAA